UUACAUAUUACGUGCGAAGGCUCAAGGCUCCCGACACUUUAAUGGCGCCGGGUUAAUAAAAUACUCAUGUGUCUCGAGGUCAGCUGUUCGCUUGCGGCGUGGAUGGUAGCUUCUUUCCAAGAUGGCCUCACUAGGAUUCCGUCAAAGUGUCAGGUCGGCGUUGCAAACUGGCGCGUCGACGCGUCGUAAUACCAGAUAUCACUCUCUCACGUCUUCCUCUGUCCAGGGACCUACCGAACGCUCCCUGGACCUUCGAACGCUCACAGGUUUCUUUAGAGAAGAGAUCCUCAGAAAACAUGCUCACCGUCCUGCCCUCAUUUGUAGGCAAGAACGUCCUCGCGCCCAUGGUGGGCCGCCAUCGCGGAACCUCGGCGUGGUUAGCCACCUAGCAUGGGAUUUUGACGAGUUUGACAAGCACAUACGAGCGCUUGCGCGAGGCUUGGUCGCAAUGGGUGUUAGGAAGGGUGAUCGCGUUGCAGUACUCAUGGGGAAUAAUAGCUCUUAUGCAUCACUUCAGUGGGCGUGCGCGAGCAUAGGUGCAAUCCUCGUGACGCUGAAUCCUGCCUAUAGGUUGAACGAACUUGUGGAGACACUCAAUCUUGUUGGCGUCACCCAUCUAUUUACUGUACUUCGCAUCAGAACGUCAAAUUAUAUCCGGAUGCUCUCUGACGCCUUUCCUGGGUUGCGCAACUCAAGUCCCGGCAAUAUCCAAGAGCCCGCCCUUCCUUCGCUGAGGAACUUGGUCGUGGUCAGUGAUAUCCACGACACUGCAGAGUGGCAUCGAGAGACGUGCGAUGUGAAGAGUAUCACUGAUUGGAGAGAGACCUUAAUAUGGAGGGAAGAUACUUGGGAACAGCGUCAUAUCGAAGAGUCGGUCCAGUCUCAAAGAAGUGACGAGGUUAUCAACCUGCAGUUUACUAGCGGGACCACCGGUACUCCCAAGGCUGUCUCACUAACUCACACGAACCUACUCAAUAAUGGUAUCUCCAUUGGUGAUUGUAUGCGACUGGGCCCAGACGAUGUCCUAUGCAAUGUACCUCCUCUGUUCCACUGUUUUGGCCUAGUCCUCGGUAACCUUGCUGCAUGGUCCCAUGGGUCUUGCGUUGUAUAUCCUUCAGAGAUCUAUGAUCCCAAAGCUAUCGUGGACUCCGUCGUGCAGGAUAGAUGUACGGCCCUGCAUGGCGUCCCCACGCAUUUCUUGGGUGUCUUGGCAGAAGUACAGAAGCGGCAAGACGCGGGAGAGAAGCUGGAUUUGAGUCGCCUACGGACUGGCAUUGCGGCGGGCUCGCCAAUACCUAUUGACCUCAUGCGACAACUCAUCGAGAAAUUGAACCUCGUAGAUCUGUCGAUUGCGUAUGGAAUGACGGAAACAAGCCCCGUGUCUUUUCAAACCAUCCCGGCAGAUCCAAUCAUCAAGCGUGUUGAGACGGUCGGUAGAGUACAACCGCACGUGAUGGCCAAGAUCAUCGACCAAGAUGGACAUGUUGUCCCUGUCGGCAAGCCAGGUGAACUGUGUAUCGCUGGUUAUCUUGUUCAGAAAGGCUACUGGGAGGAUGAGGAACAAACGCAGAAGGCCAUGCGGGCGGAUCCGAAUGACCCGUCCACAGUAUGGAUGCAUACAGGUGACAAAGGGAUCAUGGAUGAGGAAGGAUAUCUGAAGAUUGUUGGCAGGAUAAAGGAUAUUAUUAUUCGUGGCGGGGAGAAUCUAUUUCCGGUCCAGAUCGAGAACGCACUGACUGCACAUCCCUCCAUCAGGGAAGCUGCGGUUGUCUCUGUGCCUGAUACAAAGUAUGGAGAGGUCGUAGGGGCAUGGAUUGUCAGAGAACCGAGCACCAACAUGUCAAGAGAGGACGUCCGCCGGACUGUCGCAGAGAGCAUGAAUCCACAGAAUGCUCCAGCGUGGAUAUGGUUUGUCGGCGAAGAUGGCACGACGGGAGAACUCCCGAAGACCGCCAGUGGGAAGGUUAUGAAACAUAUUCUCCGCAAGUGGAGUGCAGAGCUUGCGCAGAAUGUUAUUGGGAGUGUCGGAGGGAAAUAAUCUAUUGCACCCGCCAGUUAGGCGAGGCUUCGUGUUAAAAUAGGGGCUAUUUAUGCUCGUCCAGAUCGUGAGAACUUUCGCAGGAAAUGAAAAGGUCAAAAUUGAGAGACGAA